CCACCCUAUGCUAUAAGAUAUCCAACUCUCCUAUAAGCUCUUUUACAGUUUUUUUCUUUCUUACAACCCCCACAACACUACCAAACCCAAGGCCUUGGCUCAGCUCACCUACCCGUUCUCAACCAUGCCCGCCAUUGCCAAACGGAAGCCUUCUCCCACUUCUACUAAGACCGAGUUCAUGAACUUCCCGUCGGAGAUGGCCCGCGGCGACUCCACUCCACAGAAGCGGAAGCUCAGAUCUGAUUCGUCGCCGAUGCGUGCCAUUCCGAUCUCAACUCCCAUGAAAUGGACCUCGCCUCGCCGAUCCGCCAAUGCCAGUCCCAAUAGUCCAUCGAUUGAGAUUGAGAGCACAUUGAGUGAACGCCGUUCGAAGUUGGAGAAACCUCCGGUGAAGAAUUUGUUGAAUAGUCUUAUGGUGAAACCUAAUUGGAAUCCGAAAGAUCCUGAGCAAUCUAGGGCGGUAAAGGAGGCAUUGCACGUUUCAACUGCGCCGUCUGUUGUUGUGUGCCGAGAAGAUGAGCAAAAGAGGGUUUUGAAGUUCUGUAAAUCAUGCGUGGAAGAAGAAAGGGCUGGUAGUUUAUAUGUAUGUGGAUGUCCAGGGACUGGAAAAUCGUUGUCGAUGGAGAAAGUAAAGAAGCAAUUAGUUGAAUGGGCACAAGAGACAGGACUAGAAGAACCGGAUGUAUUAGCCAUAAACUGUACCUCUCUUACAAAUACUGGCGAUGUUUUCACUAAGAUACUCGGUAAAGACCAUCAACCACGAAAGCGAAGUAGCAAUUCUACAUCAGCAUUGCAACUUCUCCAAAAUUCGUACUCUCAGAAACCAAAUUCAACUGGCAAGAAAAUGAUGUUGAUAAUUGCUGAUGAAUUAGACUAUCUAAUUACUAAAGACAGGGUGGUACUUCAUGAUCUUUUCAUGCUUACCACGUUACCAUUCUCGAGAUGUGUACUUAUAGGAAUAGCUAAUGCCAUUGACCUAGCUGAUCGUUUUCUUCCCAGACUCCAGUCAUUAAAUUGCAAGCCUACGGUGAUUACUUUCCGAGCAUACUCCAAAGAUCAAAUCAUUAAAAUUCUUCAAGAGCGCCUAAUGGCACUACCUUACACUGUAUUUCAACCACAAGCGCUGGAACUUUGUGCCAGAAAAGUAGCUGCUGCAUCUGGUGAUAUGCGGAAAGCUCUCUGUGUUUGCAGGAGUGCAAUUGAUAUGCUAGACGCAGAGUUGAGAGAAUCUUCCAACCACUUGAAUUCAUCAAGCGCGGAAACAUUCUUUGAGCAACAGACAUUACCACAAGCUGACUGUGUAAAAAAGCCGGAAAUUGAUGUCGUAAGGAUUGAUCAUAUGGCUCUUGCUUUAUCAAAGACAUUCAAGUCACCUGUAGUGGAUACCAUACAGUCUCUUCCACAACAUCAACAGAUCAUAUUAUGCUCUGCCGUGAAGCUUUUCCGGGGAGGAAAGAAAGAUUCAACAGUCGGGGAGUUGAAUAAAUCUUACACGGACUUCUGCAAAUCAUCAUUAAUUCCAGCCGUGGGGAUCUUUGAACUUUCAAGUAUGUGCAGGGUGCUAAAUGAUCAGGGGCUACUCAAGAUUGGUCAAUCUCGAGAAGAGAAAUUCAAAAGAGUGACUCUAAAAGUAGAUGAAGCAGACAUCAUUUUUGCCUUGCAGGGAAUCCGUUUCUUCCGGAAUAGUCUUCAGUAAAUCCUUCCAAGUAUAUAGCACUGAUUUUUGACUUGCAUUUUCGAGUUCUCCCUCUGCUCAAAACAAGUUAUGAGCGUCGUCCUGGAGCUGUAAUGAUGAUAAUCGGCUAGGUUUCAUCCAGGUUCGAAGUACAAGUCUGUUUUUGGCAAUGGGUUGAUUCAAUUUCUGAAUUGUUUUACAUUGAAGAAGGAAUAAAAAAUAAAUGGGAAGAAAUCCAAUAUGGAUUGUUACCAAAUUGUAACUUGAACGCUUAUAGGAAAGAAAAAAAAAAUAUCAGACAGAAAAAACUGUUAUACAUUCUUGUGAUUAUAGAAAAUGCAAUUUAUUCAAUGAGAAAAACUUACCUUUAUUACAUCAAUAAUGCUUUUAAUGUAUUUUUUUUGCUGAAAAAUUUACAGUUUUUUAAUGCAAUUGUGCACAUGUUUCUCGAUGAAAAAAAAAUUUAUUCUAUAAUAUUUCUUUACCCAAUAUCUAUUAAGUAUACUUAUGUGAGGAGAAACAAAGGGAAAUCUGAGGGGAGUUUGAGUGGUGUUUGUUUGUUGAAGCAAUUUAGUGUAACCAUCUUGUAACUAAAUCACAGUUAGUUGUUCAUUCUGUUAGGCUGGUAGCUUUUCUGUUUGGUUAGUUAGGCUGUCUGUUAAGCUCUUUCACUCUUUCUGUCGAGCACCUUAUAUACCACUCUACAUACUUUUCUUAAUUAGCCAACACGGAAUCAUUCUCUACAGUCUACACUUCUCUCAUUUUCUCUCGUUCUCACUUCGUUAACAGUAGUGAUGAGUCUGGAUAGUUUGGUAAUUUGUUACUUAUUGUUUUAGCUGAGUCACAGGGGAG